GUUUGUUCUUUCUAGUUAUACAUAUUACACUUGAUGGAGCAAGAGCUGUAUUACUUGAUUGCCAAGUUUCUUGCAGCUGGUCCUUGUAAGGAGGCCGCUCGUGUACUUGAAAAUGAAUUAAGACAACAUCGUGAGCUAUUACCACAUACAAUAACCUAUGAAGGCAAAAAAGUGCCCAUGACCAUGGAUCGACUUUCAAGAGAAUAUCCCAACAUUAACGACAACUAUCUCUUGGAACUCAUUGGCAAAUUCUUGGGACAUUUCAAAGAAACAGGCGAUCCCAAAAUACUUCGAGUGAGCGCAUUAAGGCAUGGUGAUAAAUCGCUUUUAACCAUGCUUUCUGCUUUUGUCCAUAACGAAGAAGUGGAACGUUGCAACUACUUGACCAUGACAAAACCACAACUCUCAAAAUUAUCACUUCAUCGUAUGCUUAUCGCAAGAGAAAUGGGUGCAAAAGUCAUCAAAAAGAAUGAAAUGCCAACUGCAUUAUCCACAUUUUAUAGAGAACGUGUUACUAUAUCAGGUCAUCGUAAUCCAGUCUAUUGUGUUGCAUUUGAUAAAACCAACAGACGUUUAUUCACAGGAAGUGACGAUUUCUUAGUAAAGGUAUGGUGUGUUCGCACAGGCUACCUUAUCCACACCAUCCGUGGUCACCAAAACAUCAUUACAGAUAUUACCAUCAACCAAGAAAACACCUUGAUCGCUACAGCUUCUUCCGACGGUUAUGUACGUGUUUGGACCAUGGACGAAUACAAACCCAUCAUGUCACUCCGUCCCAAUGCAUCCACCAUCAAACCUUUCACGACCGUCAAAUUCUCUCCUUCACCUCGUGCAGAAACCCGUUACCUCAUGGCCACCAAUGAAGACGGCAUCGUCAGACUUUGGAAAUGGGAUCGAGAUACACUCCAGUUUUUUGAUAUCGAAUCACCCAUCACCUUCAGUUGUAAAUUUAGAGCAAAGGAUCGUCUGAGAUGUUCGUCAUUUAAUUAUACUGGUACCAAAUUUGCUGUAGCGGGCGAUGAUGGAUUUGUCUAUGUAUUUUCAACAAUUCAGGUACAAACAGCACACGAAGGGAUUAUCGCAACAACAGAGGAUCAAAGGCCCGCUGGGCGUAGUCGAAAGAGAGUCGCCAGUGCCUUGUUUCCUGAUAAAAGUGGUCAGGUACAAGCUCAACCUGUGGUACCUAUUGGUACCUUGGAGGGCCAUAUGGGCAGUGUGACGGAUUUAGCUUAUAGUCAUGAUGGACAACGUAUCCUGAGUGGAUGUCAGGAUGGAACUGCUAGAAUAUGGAAAUUUAAUAAGGAAACAAAGACAUGGAGUUCCAUCAUUUUGGAUGUAAAGAAACCUUCUCAAGGAAAUACGAUUGUCACACCUCUAAGAAAACCUCAAAAGAAACCCGACACAACCCCCACCAUACUCACAGACGAUUCAGACGAGAUUGGCUCAUUGAUGCCUUUCAUGGAUGAAAGUCCUACGCAGGAAGAGAUGGAUAUCGAACCAUCUGACCCUUUACCAACCUCAGAUCCAGCCAAAGUAUCCAUGAUUGCUUGGAGUUCAGAUGAUCGUUGGUGUUUUGUCGCUUCCAAUCACGGAGAAAUUCGAGUCUAUUAUGCCUACAAUGGCGACAUGGCUUGUUUAUUAAAAGGACACGAAGGAGAGAUUUAUGCCUUGGAUAAUCACCCACUCGAUCCCAGCACUAUUCUUUCAGCCGGUUAUGAUGGUAAAGUAAUAUUAUGGGAUGUCGAAAAACAAAAAGUGAUCACCUGUCAGAGCCAUGCCGGACGAACCUUCACCGAUUGUAAGUUUUCCAAGGACGCCAUGAAAUAUGCCAUCACAGAUGAGGAAGGACAUUGUACAUUAUUUGGAAUCGGUGGGUUGGAUAAAGAUUACGAACAAGUGAGAAGUUGGGAACGAGGUCAGUAUUUUAUGUCAGAUUAUCAAGCAUUGCGCCAUUUUGCUGAUGGCUCCUUUUUGGAUGAGCCCACACAACAACCGCCUUAUGCAUUACCGCCUUCACCCAUCAUUGAUUUACAAGGUGUGGCCUACCCCAACCAAAAGAAAUUUGGCUACGGUCGAACCAUUCCAACUACAUCAGAGACAUUUGAAGUCGAGGAUAUGAAACGAUCUGCAUGUUACGAUCAAGAAGAGGAAGAAAUUAGAACAACAAAGUUAAUCAUACUUCCUGCUGUGGAUCGUGCAAGUAUUGCUAAACGAAGAAGAGAGUUUGUACGGUUUGAGGAUGAGGAUGAUGCAGAGAUCGCUGCUGCUGCUACACAACUUCAAUUCCCUCCACCUCCUGUAUUACCAGUUUUAUUACCUGAUGAUUCAGCCGAUGAAGAUUAUCACGAUGAGGACGAUGAUGAACCUGGAAACGCUGCAUAUGCCUCCAGUGGAGCGAGUAGUGAUGAAGGUGGCUCGGACGAUUUCGUCACACGAGAUAACGAUACGCAUCCACAAAGUGAAGAAGAGGGUGAUGAAGAAGGUCCUGUCACCCGGAGUAGAGCAGGUCAAUUACAUAUACCACCUAGAACUACAUCAUCACGUAAUCAUGUACGCCGUGGAGCUAGUUCUUCCCGUAGACGAGGACGAGGACGGAGUACACGUGGCACGAGUCGAGGAGGAGGAGGGGCAGGAGGAAGAAGCGUGGUUGCAGUCUCACGAUCCACUCGUAAACGUAACCGAGCUAGAUCCGAUGACGAUGAAGAGGAACAACCCGUUCGUGCUCGUGCGCGUCGUAGAGUAGCAGAAAUACCUUCGUACAUGGAAAGUGAUCUCGAAAGCGAUGAAGAAGAAUUUGUCGAGGUGGAAAAUCAUGAUGAUCCAACCCUAGUGGAACAUACACGAGAACAACAUUUACAACAACAAUUAAGCGAUCAUUCAGAAGCAGGUCCUUCUCAUAGCGCACCGUACAUAGAAAAUCAUAAUCAUCCUAAUACCACUUACACUAAUACUAAUAUUGCCAGCGCUUCUACCUCUACCACUACUACCUCAUCUUCCUCUACAUAUAUGCAAUCUCGUACACAUCGAGCUGAAGGCGAAGAUCGUAAAGGCAAAAGAAAGCUACGUUCUGCCGUACCUACCAGUGAUAGUGACGAUGAUUUCAUCAUUCCUACAGAGACUGCACCUACACCUGUUUCAACAGGCAAUAGCGGAAGAGCCACCCGAAGUACUCGAGCCAGUCAACCUGUGCAUGAGCCCGCACCUCCGAAUAUACCAGCACCUGUUGUCAUUAUUAAAAAACAAACGAAACACAGAGACGGACCCCGCGAACUCUCGGAGGAAGAAAUCAAGCAACAUGAACCAAUUCCUUGGAUCACCACCACCGAGAAAUCACUAACAAAAUAUCUUCCCCAAAUGGGAGAUUAUGUUGCAGUAUUGACAGAAGGACAUAAGCAAUACUUGAAAUCAUCCGAUAUGAAGCAAUACUUUGACGAUAAAUACGGUAUUCUGGAUAAACAUGAACCUGUGGUAUUUGGAAAAAUUGUGGGUAUUACCUGGCUUGUGGGACCUCCUGCUUAUUGUAAAUUAAAAUUGGCUAUGGUUGAACUUGCUAAUAUUCAAAACGUUCUCUUUCAUGGUGCAUCGCCUAUUUGGACUAGCCUGAAACGAGUCGAGAUUAUUGAAUACAGCGAUGAAGAUGGUCGACCUGAAUUUAUCGUCUUAUGGCAACGUUUCCUAGCUUCCAUGAAUGUCUUCAAGUCGUUGCAGGUAGGCCAAAAAGUAGAUGCGAUCUAUGAUGAAGGUCAAUAUACCGGUACAAUCUCAAGCUGUAAUGUGAACGGCCUGUAUUGGAAAAGAGCAAAUCUGCCUAGUCCGUGGGCUUUUUAUCAUGUCAUUUGGGAUGAUGCAAGUUCAACUCCCGAGGACCUGUGUCCGUGGGAAUUAGUGCCUACAGGAGAAGACUUCAGAAGAAGGUAUAAUGUCGAACCAAGUUUAACACCGGCUCAAAUCAAACGUGCCAAAGAUAUUCUUACUUGGCUUUCAAGCUCGGACGAAUUUUACUUGUAUGUUCAUCAAGUCAACUAUUAUGAUUAUCCACCUUAUUUGUCCUUGAUUGCCUAUCCCAUUUGUCUUGAUAUGAUCCAGGAAAGACUGGAUAAUGAUUUUUAUCGCUCUGUAGAAGGACUGAUCGAGGAUGUGGAAUUAGUGAAAAAGAACGCAAUGAAGUAUAAUGCGGAUACGUCAGCAGCUCAUAAAAACGCCAUCCGACUAGCUAAUUUCUUCAAAACACGUCUAAUUAGUAAGUUCUAAUUUUUUUUUUUUUAUCAAACAAAGUUGAUAUGUCAACAUCUAACCAUGUCUACAUGUAGAACCAUCGAUGCCACUGGCUUGGUCAAGAGGAGGAGGAGGCGGGUCGCGAAAAAAGAUCGUCGCGGAAGAAUCCGAUGAUGAUUAUGAUAAUGCUCAAGGGUAUGAGUCGGAAGAAGAACCCAUCGUCAAGAAAGUAAAAGAAGAAUAUCAUUCUGACGAUGAAGAGGAUGAUGAUGAGUUCUUAAAUGAUGACGAUGAAGAUGAUUUUUAUGAAUAAAUAAAGCUUUUUUAUUUUAUUUUAUUUUAUAUAUAUAUAUAUUUUUUUUACAUGCCCUUAAUAUAAGCAGGGUUGGCAGCGAAAAUGCCUUGAAUGAUACGAAUAAUGUUCUCAAGAGCUUCUAACCAUCCC